ACGAUCCAAUCAUAUAUGUAUAAGAAAUCGCUUGGCCGCCUCCUAUCUCUACAGCUGAACCCUGAAAGUCUCUCUCUAUUUUAUCUCUCUACAGAAUCUCAUCUUUGCUCCAUUAAAGAAGACGAAAGCUCGAGCUUUUUCGAUCGGGAACUUGCUGGUUAAUCUGCUCUCUGCGGACAUCCAAGGGGAAGUGCAUCAACAUCGAAGUGUCUUUUAUGUCCAAACAGGCCAUUCUCUGUUUGGGAUCGAUUGGGUUGCUUGGAGAGUAUUUUCCUACAUCAAGAAAAAAGAACGGAACUCUGUCAGAAAGAGUUGACUGUAUGCAUCUCGGGUCAUUUCAGAAAUACACGGAGUUUUGUGGUUGCAGCUGGGCGCAACCUUCACUCACCAUAGAGAAUCAGUCUUUUCACAUCCUAGAAUCCUAUAUAUUGAAAUCCUAGCAUUUUAUUUCUAAGGGUUUAUUGAACUGAAGCAAAGAUGGCUUUACAGAACAUAGGUGCCAGCAACAGUGAUGAUGCCUUCUACAGGUACAAGAUGCCCAAGAUGAUUACCAAGAUAGAGGGCAGAGGAAAUGGCAUCAAGACGAAUAUUGUAAACAUGGUUGAUAUUGCAAAGGCUUUGGCAAGGCCACCUUCUUAUACUACGAAGUAUUUUGGUUGUGAGCUUGGAGCUCAAUCUAAGUUUGACGAGAAAACUGGAGUUUCGCUUGUUAAUGGGGCCCACGAUACUGCCAAACUUGCUGGUCUUCUUGAGAACUUCAUUAAGAAAUAUGUCCAGUGUUAUGGCUGUGGAAACCCUGAAACCGAUAUCUUAAUUACAAAAAAUCAGAUGAUCCAACUCAAAUGUGCCGCCUGUGGUUUUGUUUCUGAUGUGGAUAUGAGGGACAAACUAACGACUUUCAUUCUGAAGAACCCACCUGAAUCAAAGAAGGGAUCGAAAGAGAAAAAGGCAAUGAGGAGGGCUGAGAAGGAGCGACUAAAGGAAGGUGAGGCAGCCGAUAUGGAGCAGAAGAAGCCAAAGAAAGAGGUGAAGAAGAAGGGUUCUUCCGUUGCAAAGGAUGUGCAUACAAAAGCCAGCUCUACCAAAAAGAAAGCUAGUGGCUCCGAUGAGGACCGAACUUCACCAACCUUAAGCCAGGUCGAUGAGAAGGAAGAGGCUGAUGAGGAAGAUGAUGAUGAUGGUAUUCAGUGGCAUGCUGACACAUCGUUGGAGGCUGCUCGGCAACGCAUUCAAGAACAAUUGAACGAUGUGACUGCUGACAUGGUUAUGCUCUCCACGGAUGACCCAAAGAAGUUGAAGGUAGCCAAUAAAGCUAUUGACAGUCUAAAAAGUGUUCCAUUGCCACCUGAGGAGAAUCCCAAGAUCGAGAACUGGAACUCAACCCAUGACAGGCUUGUGGAAGAGGUGAAAGCAAAUUUGAAGAAAGGGAUUACUGCAAAGCAAUUUCCGUCCAUUUUGGAAUCGCUUUCUGGCUCUGCUCAGGAAAUAAUGACUGCCUUAUUUGAGGCACUCUUUGAUGGUGUUGAAAAAGGGUUUGCAAAGGAGGUGGCCAAGAAGAGAAGUUAUCUUGCUGCUGCUGUUGCUCAAAAUGAGGCAUCUCAGUUACUUAUUCUUAGAGCAAUUGAAGCUUUCUCUACAAAGUCUACCUCAGCUGCAUUGAAAGAAGUAGCUCUGGUUUUGAAAGCACUAUACGAUGCUGACGUGUUGGAGGAACGGUAUAUGGUACAAUGGUAUCAGGAGGGACUGGCGGGAGGCAACAAGGACUCUUUGAUCUGGAAGAAUGCAAGACCUUUCAUUGAUUGGCUCCAGAGCGCUGAGUCUGAAUCCGAGGAGGAAUAAAAACAUUUGGUACCUCUUGAAAUUCUGUGUUGUUGUUUGCCUGUGUCCUAUUUCUGUCUUUGUUCGUCUAGUACUACCUCUUAAGAGCUGGUCCAUUGGUCGUUGAUUUAAGAUAUCAUAAUAUGCCUCGAACUAGUAAUUGUGUGGUAACUCUACUAUUUUGCGGUAUGUAGAACUACUGUUUGUAUUGAAUCUUUGUUGUAGUCUUUAAUUUGUUGCCUUCC